AUACCAGUAUGAUGUGAGGAGUCAUUUCACAACAAACCUAAUCUGACAGAAUCAACAAGGUACUUAAAGGGAUUUUAUAAUUCGAAUGAAGAAACAGACAGAGGUGGCUUUCAACUGUUUUCAAAGGAGAUAAAAACUGUUUUCUACAGAUAUAUUUUUAUGCAUUAAUUCAGUUCUCUGGAAAUGAGCGCAACCACAGCAAGUAUUUUAUUUUCCAUGGCAUUCAUCUGCUGGCAGAAUAUAGUAUCCACAACCACUUCAUCAUCCGUGAUGUCAAAGACUAUGGUGGGAUCAGUAGAAAUCAAAAUCCAGCUCAUUCUUGAUAAUACUACUGCCACUAGUGAAAGAGACGUACACAAUCUGGUCAACCAAUUCCUAUCUUCAAACAUCAGAGAUCAAAGUCAACAAGAGAGGUUGCAAAGUGUAACUCAUCAAAAAUUGUCUAGUGGAGACUUUGCCAUCAAUUUGUUUUACCCGAUCAGCAAUGUGAAGAUGUUAGAAAAUCUUCAGGGCAGACAUGUCACUUAUGAAUUGAUCCAGGACUCCAUCAACGCACUGAUAAACUCAAUGCAACAGAAACCAUGUGGUAAUCCUUCUGCAAGCCAAACGAGUAGCAAAAUAACAGCUGCAACUACCACUGCUUCAUCUACAAAAUCCACAGAUCGCACAUCAUCAACAUCAGCUUCCACACCAACAACAGAAAGCCUGACCAACACACCUGCAGCAGGCUUAUUAACAGAAACUUCUGCAAGUACUACUGCUUCAUCUACAAAAUCCACAGAUCGCACAUCAUCAACAUCAGCUUCCACACCAACAACAGAAAGCCUGACCAGCACACAUGCAGCAGGCUUAUCAACAGAAACUUCUGCAAGUACUACUGCUUCAUCUACAAAAUCCACAGAUCGCACAUCAUCAACAUCAGCUUCCACACCAACAACUGAAAGCCCGACCAGCACACAUGCAGCAGGCUUAUCAACAGAAACUUCUGCAAGUACCACUGCUUCAUCUACAAAAUCCACAGAUCGCACAUCAUCAACAUCAGCUUCCACACCAACAACUGAAAGUCCGACCAGCACACAUGCAGCAGGCUUAUCAACAGAAACUUCUGCAAGUACUACUGCUUCAUCUACAAAAUCCACAGAUCGCACAUCAUCAACAUCAGCUUCCACACCAACAACUGAAAGUCCGACCAGCACACAUGCAGCAGGCUUAUCAACAGAAACUUCUGCAAGUACUACUGCUUCAUCUACAAAAUCCACAGAUCGCACAUCAUCAACAUCAGCUUCCACACCAACAACAGAAAGCCUGACCAGCACACAUGCAGCAGGCUUAUCAACAGAAACUUCUGCAAGUACUACUGCUUCAUCUACAAAAUCCACAGAUCGCACAUCAUCAACAUCAGCUUCCACACCAACAACUGAAAGCCCGACCAGCACACAUGCAGCGGGCUUAUCAACAGAAACUUCUGCAAGUACCACUGCUUCAUCUACAAAAUCCACAGAUCGCACAUCAUCAACAUCAGCUUCCACACCAACAACAGAAAGCCCGACCAGCAGAACUGCAGCAGCCUCAACAAAAGAAACAUCUGCAAUUGCUACUUCAUCUCCAAAGACCACAGAAGCUUUGAUAUCAUUGACUUCAGCUUCCACAGUGACAACCAGUAGCUCAACGACUUCAACUUCAGCUGCCGUAACGGAAUCUUCUGCAAGUACCACCUUGUCCAUUCCAAAAACCAUAGAAGUUCAAACAUCUUUGUCAUCAGCUUUCACAUUGACAAACAACAGUCCAACAACCACCCCUGCAGCAGCCCCAAUAAGUGAAGCUUCCUCAAGUACCACUACUUCAUCUCCAAAAACCACAGACGUUCUGACAUCUUCAACAUCAGUUUCCACAGUGUCUACCAGUAGCUCAACAACUUCAGCUGCCUCAAUGGAAUCUUCUGCAAGUAUUACUUUGUCAACAUCAAAAAUCACAGAAGUUCUGACAUCCUCAACAUCAGCUUUCACAGCAAGAAGCAGUAGUUCAAGCAGUUCCACUUCAGUAGCCUCAACAACAGAAAGACCUGCGAGUACUACUUCAUCACCAAUAAGAUCAGAGGUCCAGACUUCUUCGACAUCAAUGUCUACAGCAAGAAGCAGUAGCCCAACCAGCACAACUGUAGCAGCCACAACAGAGGCUUCUACAAGUACCACUACUUCAUCUCCAAAAACCACAUUAGCCGUUACAUCUUCAACACCAGCUUCCACAGUGACAACCAGUAGUCCGACCAGUUCAACUUCUGUAGUCUCAACAGGAACUUCUGCAAGUACUACUACUUCAUCUCCAAAAACCACAUUAGACUUGACAUCUUCAACACCAGCUUCCACAGUGACAAACAGUAGCCCAACCAGCUCAACUUCUGUAGCCUCAACAGGAACUUCUGCAAGUACCACUAGCUCAUCUCCAAAAACCUCAUUAGCCUUGCCAUCUUCAACACCAGCUUCCACAGUGACAAACAGUAGCCCAACCAGUUCAACUUCUGUAGCCUCAACAGGAACUUCUGCAAAUACCACUACUUCACCUCCAAAACCCACAUUAGCAAUGACAUCUUCAACACCAUCUUCCACAGUGACAAACAGUAGCCCAACCAGUUCAACUUCUUUAGCCUCAACAGGAACCUCUGCAAGUACCACUACUUCACCUCCAAAACCCACAUUAGCAAUGACAUUUUCAACACCAUCAUCCACAGUGACAAGCAGUAGCUCAACCAGUUCAACUUCUGUAGCCUCAACAGGAACUUCUGCAAGUACCACUACUUCAUCUCCAAAAACCACAAUAGUCUUGACAUCUUCAACACCAGCUUCCACAGUGACAAAUGGUAGCCCAACCAGUUCAACUUCUGUAGCCUCAACAGGAACUUCUGCAAGUACCACUACUUCAUCUCCAAAAGCCGCAUUAGCCUUGACAUCUUCAAGACCAGCUUCCACAGUGACAAACAGUAGCCCAACCAGUUCAACUUCUGUAGCCUCAACAGGAACUUCUGCAAGUACCACUACUUCAUCUCCAAAACCCACAUUAGCAAUGACAUCUUCAACACCAGCUUCCACAGUGACAAACAGUAGCCCAACCAGUUCAACUUCUGUAGCCUCAACAGGAACUUCUGCAAGUACCACUACUUCAUCUCCAAAAACCACAAUAGUCUUGACAUCUUCAACACCAGCUUCCACAGUGACAAAUGGUAGCCCAACCAGUUCAACUUCUGUAGCCUCAACAGGAACUUCUGCAAGUACCACUACUUCAUCUCCAAAAGCCGCAUUAGCCUUGACAUCUUCAAGACCAGCUUCCACAGUGACAAACAGUAGCCCAACCAGUUCAACUUCUGUAGCCUCAACAGGAACUUCUGCAAGUACCACUACUUCAUCUCCAAAACCCACAUUAGCAAUGACAUCUUCAACACCAGCUUCCACAGUGACAAACAGUAGCCCAACCAGUUCAACUUCUGUAGCCUCAACAGGAACUUCUGCAAGUACCACUACUUCAUCUCCAAAAACCACAAUAGUCUUGACAUCUUCAACACCAGCUUCCACAGUGACAAAUGGUAGCCCAACCAGUUCAACUUCUGUAGCCUCAACAGGAACUUCUGCAAGUACCACUACUUCAUCUCCAAAAGCCGCAUUAGCCUUGACAUCUUCAAGACCAGCUUCCACAGUGACAAACAGUAGCCCAACCAGUUCAACUUCUGUAGCCUCAACAGGAACUUCUGCAAGUACCACUACUUCAUCUCCAAAACCCACAUUAGCAAUGGCAUCUUCAACACCAGCUUCCACAGUGACAAACAGUAGCCCAACCAGUUCAACUUCUGUAGCCUCAACAGGAACUUCUGCAAGUACCACUACUUCAUCUCCAAAAACCACAUUAGCCUUGACAUCUUCAGCACCAGCUUCCACAGUGACAAACAGUACCCCAACCAGUUCAACUUCUGUAGUCUCAAUGAGAACUACUGCAAGUACCACUGCAUCUCCAAAAACAACAGAAACAAUUGUAGCUCCCUCAGGAACCAGCAACUUGAUGGCAACAACUCCACCCAGACUAAUCAUCACCGCGACCAGUGCCACCACAGCUGCCACCACUAUGGGAUCUGCACUGAUCUACAUUCAGUUGGAAAUUAAUACUACAGGACCAGUCCCCAAUGAUCAAGACAUUCUAAGCAUAGCCAAAUCUCUCCCAAAUCCACUGGUUUUAUCCAACAUGAACAAUUUGACUCAACCUCAGAAAAUCCAGGAAAUCACUGUGGCAAAUAUGUCCAACAAUUCCUUUGUCAUCAACUUCGGAUUCCAAAUAUACAACAUGACCAUGUCAAAUGAUGUCGACCUCAGGAAUGAAACUCAUGACCUGAUUCAGGAGUGUGUCAAUAAAUUGCUGAACGCGAUACUAACAGAUCCAUCAGCACCGCCUGCGGUCUUCCCUCCAGCAAACUUCACGUGAGUCAUGACCCUAUUAUUGCUAUUUACACCAAAGUGAGAAAAGCUUCUUAAGGUAAAUCAUGAAACUAGUGUAUGACAGUUUCCUUUGGA